AUGGUGCAAAUCCGUCUGUUUCUAUUGUUUUUCUUACAUUCCGUGGUGGGACAGAGGAGUAUAACAGUGUUGAUAGACAAAUCGAUAGACCGUGAGACUGUGUUGCCAGAUUAUUCGACGUGGAAUUUCUUUUACGAUUACUUAUGCUCCGAUGAAUCUAACAUUAUCGAUAUAUCAGUUAUGACCAUUUUUGCUUGGGAUAACAUUAAAGUGGUAAAUUUUGAUGUUUCGGCACCGAAAGGCAAAAAGAAGUAUCGUGAAUACAUACAAUACGGAAAACAUGAGGUGCCGUUCCACGUUGAGGGAUUUUCGGAAAAUUCCGACGUUUUAGAAGCGGCUCUGUUACACAGCGCACGAGAUUCUUUCAUAUAUACAUACACGUACAAUGUAUCAGGAAAGAUUAACCAACGUUAUCUGGAUUCUUUGAAAGGAGUGGCUUUAAGUAAAAAUAUACAGGUAACAUUUCUAGGGCUGAAUUAUGUUACAUCGAAUAAUGAAGAUGGUUUAGCAAGAUCGAGUUUAGCUUAUGCUACGGGUGGCGAUGUGCUACCGAUUGAUUUGAAUUAUAUCUCGGACUACAAACGUUGGAUUUUCCAUUACAUCGUGGAGGAAGUAAACACGACGAGAACAUUUAUGUUCAGACAGUAUUUUCCAAUAACCGUUGUGCCUAUUCACUAUGAUUUUACAACUGACAGCGAGAUCAAAGACUUCAGUAUUCUUUUACAAGGAAAAGAGAUAGAGCUGUUAAGUGUAGCUGACACACAUGGCGGAAUCGUUACAAGCAAGAGAACUCUACCUGUCCCAAUGUAUGGUUCAGUACGGGGAGAUAUUUAUGUAUCCGCUUUUGAUAACCUUGAACCAGGAAAGUAUUCACUGAUAUUUACAAGCAGUGGUAAUGCAAUGAUAACAAUAAAGGGCUCAUCAGCUUUUAGUUUUACUCCAAGAUUUUCAUCAUCUAGACCUAAGUCUAUUGCAGACACAGUUGCUUAUCCUACUGCAGAUGAAACAUUUGUGUCGAUCGAAGUAAUGAACCAAGGUGAGAAUGUAAUAUUACAUUACGCAGAAAUUAAAGAUAGUGUAACAAGCAGAAUAUUGCAACUGGGAAAAACUGAUGUUGACAAUUUUUAUAGUACCAAUGAGGGUGUUGAGUUUAAAAAUGGCGAACUCAGACUUGGUGUCCGUGGAGUCAUUGAAAAAACUGGAGAACAUUUCAGCAGAUUUGCACCAAAAGCGAUUAUGCCAGCUGUCUGGAAAGAUGAAAGAGUCGUUACUUUGGUCCUUGGCGAUGACACCACACUUACGUGUCCAGGAGAGAGCGACAGUUGGAUCUAUCUUACUUUGGAUCAAAAAAUAUCAACGGACUUAAAGAUUCAUGGAGAUACACUAGAAAUAAAAAACAUUCAAUUGGGCCAAGCUGGCUUUUACAAUUGUGUACUAUAUGGCAAGAAUAUUAGGUCAUACCAAGUUCUCGUACAAGUUCCCCCAAGCAUCAAUAGUCGUGGUGGAAACGUCACAGCAGUUUAUGGUGAUAAACAUCUCAUCCUACCAUGUGAAGUUUCGGGAUAUCCAGAACCCACAGUAACUUGGGUUAUUAAUGGAACAAUUAAUUGUGAUUCUAAUUGUGUUUAUGACAAAAACUCGUUAGUGUUAGAAAAAAUCACGUUUAAUUCUGCGGGUACUUACACGUGUAAAGCGUCUAACGCACUGAACAACGCGGCCAUAUCGUAUGAAGUUUUUGUUACAAGUGCACCACAAGCGAAGGCUAUAGUUAAAAUUGCCAUAGUAAAGAAUACGAAAUCAAGAAUAAACUGCAAAAAACCAAAGGGCCCAGAGUACACUGUUAAGUGGUAUAAGGAUGGUAACUUUAUAACAAGUAAUGUUUAUCUUGUAUUACAAGGAAUACCCCAAGAUGAAGGUGUGUAUUCCUGUGUUAUGAACAAUGGAAAGGUUUCGAAGGUUUACGCUGUAAAUGUAACUUUAUGCGCGUCCCCGACAUUUGUUAAAAACGAAGACCUGCUCGUUCCACCUAACACCGUGUUGCGAUGUGACGUAUUGGACAAGAAGUUUAAGGUAUCAUGGUUUAGAGAUGGAGUAAGCCUACCUUCCAGAGGUACCACCUUGCGUGCAACAAGUACAGGCAAUUACGUAUGUAUUGUCUCAUCACCAUGUGGAAAGACAUAUCGUCAAUUCAAUGUUAUAAAGCCAGGUUGCAUUCUGAACGUCAAAACAGAUAUAGACAUAUACAAACCUUUUAUAAGAGAAGGAAAACGCCAAGUGUUCUACAGUCUGUAUAAUACAAUAAAUAAUGCUGUCUAUGUAGAGGAAGGGUGGCGUGCGCGGUUACAAUGUAAAAAUUAUAUUUCCAACAAUAGAUUUAACUUCAGCGCAUCACUAGACGUCGUAUGCGUCAAAGACACGACCUUCCAAGUCAACGGAGUAUAUGUAGACUUCAAAACUUUGAAUUGCGACGCUAUUCUGACAACCGAAUUGAGAAAGAGCCGGAUUAAAUGUGGUGAAAAGCGAAGUAUGAAGUCCGUGCUGUUUUACUUGGAAUCCGGGGCGACCGCGUUGUACGAGGUCUGUUCUAACGGGAACAAACCCGGGUAUAUCAGACAUACGUUAUAUAAAGCUCACGCUGGUUCGCUGUCGCACCUGUUUCGUGGUGCCGCGGAGUCAAGGUAUUCCUGUGAUAAGGAUGACUCGUUAAGCCCGUAUGCUGUGAACCCUGGUGCUGAUGAUGCGUGCUGCUUCAAGAGUAAGCGGUUAUUGGAUCCACAAGACAUGAUACCAGGACAACCUGUCGUAUCCACUCUAAAUCCUAUCAAUACAAUACCUACCUGGAGCUCGUGCGGUUCAAUUAAUUGGGAUGAUUUGGGCCGCCAAACUCGAGAGCUUACUAGAUAUACUUACGCAGAAGAAAUGUUACAUGACUGGGUGGGUGUUAUCUACCCUCAAAACAUUGAUAAGCGAAUAAUGAAUAAUCUUGCGGGAAAUAGAAUAAUUGACUCUACGAAUCGUAGCGCACCGUGGUUUUUGUGGAAGGUAGUUCAAAAUAUUAGGAAAAAGUCUGCGGUUGCAUUUCUGCACGUCAUUGCACCGGGUGUCAAGACCGAAUCCGAAGCGAAAGCUUUCGUUUUAUGUCAAAAUAUUUGUGACGAAAUAAAAUGGAUUAAUAAUGAAAGUUGGAAAGACCCUCAAAGGGGCUACAUCUACUGUUGCAGUGUGAGAGAAUUUCACGCUGUUUUUAGCUAUGUUGCUCUUAUAAACGGUGCAACCACGGUUUAUACUGACCUCUUCUCAAAGAAUUAG